AUGAACACAACAAGUCACACCCCAGAUGCCUUGGGCAACGCCCUCGAGCUCGUCAACCAGGCCUUCGACCAGGUGCAAAAGAUCCCCGGUUCCUCGAUCGUCAUCCGAUACAUCCGCUCCAGCUACCAAGAUGAUCCUGUGCGCUCAGCCAUGGAGCUGUUCCUGUUCCUCUUUGCCGUCUACUAUCUGGUCUCGCCCGCAUACUCGACGAAGAAGCAAAAGCAAAUCCCCCUGACCGAAGAGGAGAUCGAUGAACUCGUCGAAGAUUGGACCCCCGAACCAUUGGCAGCGCCCGUCACAGCUUUCGAAGAGGCCGAGAACGAGAAAAGACCUGUCAUCGUUGGUCCUUCAGCGCCCAAGUCAAAGCUAGCGAAUGGCCGAACCGUAACGAACCUUGCCACUUACAACCACUUCAACUUCAUCAACUCCGAAGCCAUCAAAGAGGCUGCCGUCAAAACUCUCCGCGCUUACGGUGUCGGUCCCUGUGGUCCCCCUGGUUUCUACGGCACCCAAGAUGUUCACCAAACCCUCGAAGCCGACAUUGCCGCCCAUCUAGGUGCCCCCGCCGCUAUCGUCUAUGCUCAGUCCUUCAGUACUAUCUCCUCGGUCAUUCCUGCUUUCUCCAAGCGCGGCGAUAUCAUUGUCGCGGACAAGGCUGUGAACUUUGCUACACGCAAGGGUAUCCAAAUCUCGCGCAGUACAGUCCGAUGGUUCGAGCACAACGACAUGGAAGAUCUUGAGCGCGUCCUCGCGAAACUGGUCAAAGAGAAUGCCCGCAAACCACUGACUCGCCGUUUCAUCAUCACCGAAGGUUUGUUUGAGAAUGUUGGCGAUCUCGUCAACCUUCCCAAGCUCAUCGAACUCAAGCAAAAGUACAAGUUCCGCAUCAUCCUGGACGAGACGUGGUCAUACGGUGUACUGGGUCGUACGGGUGGUGGCGUCACGGAGCAACAGAACGUGGACGCCAGCCAGGUCGACAUGAUCAUCGGCUCGCUCGCUGGUUCUCUCUGUGGUGGCGGUGGCUUCUGUGCUGGUAGCGAGGAAAUUGUCGAACAUCAACGUCUUUCUGGUAACGCGUACACUUUCUCGGCCGCUCUCCCUGCUAUGCUUGCCACAACUGCCAGCGCAACCACCAGAAUGUUGCAAGAACAACCCGAACUCCUCGUCGCACUGAGAGAGAACAUCCGCACCAUGCGUGCUCAACUGGAUCCCCGCAGCGAUUGGGUCACUUGCACCAGUGCUGCUGACAAUCCUGUUCUGAUGCUCGUACUGAAGGAAGAAGUAGUCGAGAGCAGGCAACUGAGUGCUCCCGAGCAAGAUGCCAUCAUGCAGGAUGUUGUUGAAGAGUGUCUUGCUAAUGGCGUCCUGAUCACGCGACUGAAGAGUAUGCCCCCACCGCUAGGCGGUACACCUCGCGACGAAGGCUGGCAGCCUCAAUCUGCGGUCAAGGUAUGUGUUACUACUGGUCUGUCGAAGAAGGAGACCGAGAAAGCUGGUGUUGUCAUAAGGCAUGCCAUCACCAAGAUUAUGACACGCAGAAAGUAA